AUGCGAGAGGCAAUCAGAAGAGUAUUUCUUGACGCAAGACAUCGAUUAUGUAAUUGGCAUCUUGGGAAAAAUGCUGUUUCAAAUGUUCACAUAAGUGGCUUUGCACAUGCUUUCAAGCAGUGCAUGGACAUGGAAACGGAUGAGACAAAGUUUGAGCAUGGCUGGACGACAAUGGUCGAAGAAUUUGGACUUCAAACCAACAGUUGGGUGUUGGAGACAUAUGAGAAGCGUCAUAUGUGGGCUGAGGCAUAUAUGCGUGGACAUUUCUUUGCUGGGAUGAAGAGCACUCAGCGCUCGGAGUGUAUGAAUGCUUAUUUCAAUCCCUUCCUCCAACACAAAUUGAAGCUAUAUGAAUUUGUUAGGCACUAUGAUCGGGCUCUUGCAAGGAUAAGGUAUAAUGAGGCUGAUGCUGAAACAAUUAACACUUUUCCGGUAUUGAUUACUCCAUUGCGAGAUAUAGAGAGACAUGGGGCUGAGCUAUUCACCUGA